AUGGACGGAGGAUGGCAGGAGAGGGAGAGGGACGGUGGAGAGGGAGAUGGACGGAGGACGGAGGAGAGGGAGAUGGACGGAGGACGGCGGAGAGGGAAAGGGACGGAAGGCGCAGAACUUGAACUUGAGGAUUCGGCGGUCGAGGCUAAAGUCCACAGACGGCCAGAAGUAACGAGUGGGAGAGGCUGGGAUACUGGAAUCUUGGGACAGAAAACCGCAGAGUUGAGCAGUUCUCGUCCGGCCGUGACCGUGCCUACCGUGACCGUGCCUGCCGUGACCGUGCCUGCCGUGACCGUGCCUACCGUGACCGUGCCUGCCGUGACCGUGCCUGCCGUGGCCGUGCCUGCCGUGACCGUGCCUGCCGUGACCGUGCCUGCCGUGACCGUGCCUGCCGUGGCCGUGCCUGCCGUGACCGUGCCUGCCGUGGCCGUGCCUGCCGUGGCCAUGCCUGCCGUGACCGUGCCUGCCGUGGCCGUGCCAGCUUCUGGAAGUUUGUGGCGCGCGACGUCAGCGGUAUUGAUCGGAGAAGCUACGCCACGCGCGCCGAGCUGUGCCACGUGCGUCAGCAUGACAGGGUCGGCUCAGCAUGACAGGGUUGGCUCAGCAUGA